GAUGAGAUCCCUCAAAAACCUUUUUCUUUAUGAAUGUCUGUUUACAUUAACUUUUUGGAACAGUAUCAGCUUGUCUGUAGGAAAUGAACACUCUACAUCUGUUUUUCAUUAUCUUCCAGAGGAUUAUUCUGACAACAAAAUCAAGAGUCUGCCACUAUUGAAUAAAAAUAGUCAUAAAUCCAGAGCUAGUUCUGAUUGGGUUGUAAUACAGAAUACUACAGAAAGCCUAUCACUAUCAGAGAUCAAAAAUAAAGAUGUAAAUAAAUUAAUAGCUCUAUUAUCAAAUUUCAAAAAAGGCUCCAGAUUACAAUAUCUGACAUUGUCGAAUAUUUCAGUGAACUGGAUAUAUUUUGUUAAAAUUCUUCAGACUAUAUGGCACUCAUCCAUUGAGUACGUCAAUGUCAACAGUAUGACACAGCUGUCAAAUAUUGUCCCUUACAACUUUGAUUAUUCUGGUACCUCUAUGAAGGCACUAACAAUGAAGAAGGUUUUAAUCACAAGUUUAUAUUUUACACAGGAUGACAUAUACAAAAUAUUUUCAGACAUGAACAUUGCGUCCUUGACCAUAGCUGAAUCAGAGAUGAUACAUAUGUUGUGUCCUUCCUAUGACAGUCCCUUCAAAUACUUAAAUUUUUUAAAGAAUGAUUUAACAGAUCUGCUUUUUCAAAGUUGUGAAACAUUAAUUCACCUGGAGAAACUUAUCUUGGGGAGAAAUAAAUUUAAGAGCCUGUUCCGGGUGAGCCUAAUGACCAGCCAUAUGCAAUCGCUGAGCUAUUUGGACAUGAGCAGCAACAUGCUGCAUUACGAUGGGGCUGAGGAGCACUGCCAGUGGGCCGACUCCCUGACGGAGCUGGACUUAUCCUCCAACCAGCUGACGGAGUCCGUGUUUGAGUGCUUGCCGGUCAAUAUCAAAAGGCUGGAUCUACAGAACAACCAGAUUGCGAGUGUGCCCAAAGGGAUUGCUGAGCUGCAGUCCUUGAGAGAGCUGAAUCUGGCUUCGAACCGUCUAAGCGACCUGCCCGGCUGCAGCAGCUUUCCUGCGCUGGCAGCCCUGAACAUCGAGAUGAAUUCAAUCCUCGCGCCGUCGACGAACUUUGUCGCGAGCUGCCAGCGCGUGGGGGAGCUGCGAGCGGGGCACAACCCGUUCAAGUGCUCCUGUGAGCUGCGGGCCUUCAUCCGCCUGGAGAGGCAGUCUGGGGGGAAGCUGUGGGGCUGGCCCGAGGCCUACGUGUGCCAGUACCCGGAUGACCUGCGCGGAACCGAGCUGAAGGACUUCCACGUGAGCGAGCUGUCUUGCAACACCACCCUCUUGCUCGUGAUCGCGCUGCUUGUGACACUGGUGCUGGUGGCCGUCGUGGCCUUUCUGUGCAUCUACUUUGAUGCCCCGUGGUACAUUCGGAUGACUUGGCAAUGGACGCAGACGAAGCGGAGGGCUUGGCACGAGUACAAGUUGAUCUUUGUGCUGUCUCCCAACUUUGUGCAGAGCGAGUGGUGUCACUAUGAGCUCUACUUUGCCCACCACAAGUUAUUUAGCGACAGCUCCGAUAGCUUAAUCCUCAUUUUACUGGAGCCGAUUCCUCCGUACAUCAUUCCUGCCAGGUAUCACAAGCUGAAGGCUCUCAUGGCCAAGAGAACGUACCUGGAGUGGCCAAAGGAGAGGAGCAAGCAUGCCCUUUUCUGGGCUAACUUGAGAGCAGCAAUUAGCAUUAACCUGCCUAUGGCUGAUGGACACAGCUGUGGGGAAUGUAAUUAA